AUGCAUGGACGCGGCUUAAGAUUAUCUUUAUGGUACUUAUGUAAUGUGGAACUCCCUGUCGACUUUGUAGUCCUUACAUACCUUCCUUCAGGAGCACAGAAUUUUUUCUCCAAGAGGUCCUUCCGGUCGAACCCGCUCAAGCGAACCAAGAGUGUCACCAAACUCGAGAGGAAGAAAGUCUUGGAGGCUGAUGGAUCGGUGAGGGGUCUAAGAACAUCACGCUCCCACGAGAGCCUGCUCAGCGGACAAAGUGCCAUGCAAUCACUGGACUUGAGCAGCGGUGGGGUGGAGAUCAAGCCAUUGCAUCCUUCUGUCCUCGGUCGGGAGCAUUGCUUCCAGGUGACCUUGCCGGCUGGGCAGCCUAGGUACUUCAGCUGCAGGACCGCUGAGGAAAGGGACAAAUGGGUACACAGCCUGGGCUGGCCAAUCACCAGCAGCCUAGCAAUGGCUGCUUCAGUCUCCUUCCCGCUGUUGGUCAAGCUGGUUGUGAACUUCUUCAGUAGGCGUGUACCUAAGCCGGUUGAGAAAGAGAGGCCUCAUAGUUGUUCUUGUGUUGAAGAUUGUUUGAGGAAAUCUGUACAACCCGAUCAAGAGCACCAAAGACGUACUGACAAUUCCCUCAAAAUAUGGAUUCUCGAAGCGAAAGGGAUUGCUAAUAAAAAGAGGUAUUUUUGCGAAUUGUGUUUAGACAAAACACUUUACGCAAGGACAUCAGGUAAACAGAAAAAUGACCUAUGCUUUUGGGGAGAACAGUUCGACUUCUUCAACCUUCCUACAGUAAACGUAAUCAACAUAAAUCUGUACAGGGAAGCAGAUAGGAAGAAGAAGAGAGAAAAGAAUGUUUUAAUUGGUUGUGUAAGUAUCCCAGUCCAUGAGGUAACAUCUCGCUACCUCACAGAGAAGUGGUAUCCAAUUGUGAGUGAGAAACCAACAAAAGAGUCGCCUGCCCUCAGGGUGAAAUGCAGAUUUCAGACAGUGGACAUACUCCCUGUCCAAGUUUAUCAGGAAUUCCUACAGUACCUGAAGAGCGACUAUAAGGGUAUUUGUGAAGUGCUGGAGCCAGUUAUUAGUGUAAAAGCUAAAGAAGACAUUGCCACUGCUCUUGUUCACGUGAUGCAGCGAGAAGGAUUAGCCAAGCAGUUCCUGGCGGACAUAGUUAUGAUGGACAUCGAUAGGAUAGAAGACGAACGACUAACAUUUAGGGGUAAUUCCCUUGCGACAAAGGCUAUGGAAGCCUACCUCAAACUAACAGGAGAAAGGUAUUUACACAGUACCUUGGGUGACCUUUUGACUUCCAUGCUGGCUUCAGGUAUCGACUGUGAGGUGGAUCCUCUCAAAGUCGGCAGUACUAUUGCACUGGCCAAACAACAAGCUAAUUUGCGAAAUACUGUCGAGACCACUUGGGCAAGAAUACUCUCAUCUCAUACAUCUUUUCCUUCAGAACUUCGUGAAUGUUUCUGCCUCAUGCGAGAGAGACUGGUAUCUUCUGGGAGACAGGACAUCUGCGAUAACCUUAUUUCUGCUUGCAUCUUCCUCAGGUUUCUCUGCCCUGCCAUCCUCUCUCCUAGUCUUUUCAACAUCACACAUGAAUACCCCAAUGAAAAGGCAGCAAGGAACUUGACCCUAGUUGCAAAGACUCUGCAAACUUUAGCAAAUUUUACCAAGUUUCAAGGAAAAGAAAAUUUUAUGGAAUUUAUGAAUGACUUUCUUGAAAGAGAAGCAUCAGCCAUGAAGGACUUUUUGAAUAUAAUAUCGAAUGAUUGUAUUAUAUUUAAGCAGAGUGCACCUCAGAAGGAGUUUUACAACCCCACUCCAGGAGGAGACUUUGAUGGUUACAUAGACUUGGGGAAACAGCUGUCAAUACUCCAUGCACUACUCCAAGAGUGCGUUGCAAAGGUAGCGCAACAAAGGCUCCAGGACGUCCAAGAACUGCACUAUAUUUUAGAGCGUGUGAGGCUUGCUCUUAGUCAGCCCUCUGGUCUUUUGCGCCAGGUCAGUGCUCCGGAACCGUCAACGAACUCUCCCUCCAGUGCUGCCUACCAAUCAUUACACAGGAACAUAUUCAGGUAUAAUGACCCUACUGCUGGAUCUCAGAGUGAAACGAAAUCUCCGACAGUUGGUCGUGCCUCAACACUGCCUAGGAACGCCUACCUACCCUCUGGCACUAGCCUCUCCAGUAACCCUGUUCCUGACUCUGAAGGGACGACGGUCUUCAACAGCCCAGCGAAGCAACAACCUGUAAAUUCCCUCUUAUAUUAUCUGACAAAACAGCGACCACCGGCAGGUGGUAGGCCCUGUGGUGGUGGCCUCAAUGGUCACGGUAUGGAUGACCUGUCCGACUGCGAGCUAGACCCGCAGCACAAAGGCAGCCAAGUGUCCAUCUCUACUCUCUCUAAUGUCGCUUCUUCAGGGUAUCAGAGUUUUGCUGCCUACAGUCAGAGUUCUAGUCCUGUUGAUCUAACAACAAAUGGAAACCAAGGAGCUCAGGGAGUAACAAAUAACAACCAGAACACAACAGCCAAUAACAAUAACAAUAACCUGACCGUAGCUACAUCAGGAGCUCUUGCAUUUGCCAAUCCAGUGUACCAGAGGAGGGUAACACGCAGCCCCUCGACUAGUUCAGAAGAACAGGCUGAUCAGGGACCAAGGCUGCCCAGGGCUACAGUCAAUGGCGCGUCAUCUCGACAAGUGUGGCGCUCCAAUGUCGCUACUAACAUACAAAUCAACCACCCACCAUCUAACAGGCAUUUCCCUAACAACAACCCACCUUCUUCAAUCGCAUCAGGUACUCCGAGGAGGAUGUCACUUGACUCAACAAGGGAUCUUUCAGACUCCUCAGAUGAAGAAACCUGUCGUGGACGGAGAACAAAACUGAAAAAUAAUCAUAACAACGACCAAGCCAUGCGGAAGCAGUACGAAUGGGAAAUCGAGAGGUUGCAAGCUAGCGUCGAGAUGUUGAAACUGAAGCUAGAAGCUGCUGAGCUGACUGCUGCUGUGGAAUCAACUGAGUCUGCUCCUCCUCCGCGUAGGGAUGAGUCUUCUUCUGACAACAUGAAAGGGAUUAUAUCCAGGCUGAUGGCUGUGGAGGAGGAACUGAGACGGGAGCAAAGGAAGAUGUCGGAUACUUUAAGCCAUAAGCAGCGGGUCAUCGAAGCGCAAGAGCACAGGAUAGCCGCCCUCGAUGCUACAAACAACAGGCUUUUAACCGCCCUCGCCCAGCUUAAGGAGCGCUACCAAGCCGCCGAGAGCUUGGCUUCCCCUUCCCAGCGGCUUCUCUCCAGUCUCACCGAGCUCCAAAGCUCUUCAUGUUGAGCAAUUUCUCUUCUUCAGUAUUUGUGUUACCUUACCUCCCUGUUUACUUAGAGUUGAAGAUAUAUUUUUAUCUUAGUAAUAGUAUGAGGCGCACAAUGCCUUCGUAGAGCUUAUACCUUAUCUAGGCUGUUUCAAGUUUGUUAAAGAAUUGCAAUUAAUAAUGGUGUUUACAAUCCAACAGUAUUUUUCUCAAUUAUGUAGCUAUAGUAAGUUUCUGACAUUGGACCAAUACUUUUUAAUAUGCUUUCAUUUGUCAUACCAGAAUAAUUAUUUUAUUAUGGAGCCAAUAAUUAAAAAAUUCUAGUCUCUAAUAUGUACAUCAGCUGUAUUAUUAAAAUACUGCAAACUACCCUUCUACAAUUUGUUUAGUUGAAACAUGGAACAUAUUUUAUUUAUUUUUUUUUUAUAUUUCAAUACAUAUAGUAAAAUAUCUAAAUAAUCUAUUAAAAAGGCACCAUUUGUGUUCAAAUUCUUCAACAUAUCUUGGGCAGUUUUUAAUUGUGAAUUUUAUUUAAAUUAGAUUUUGUUAAUAAAACUUAUUAAAUUGCAAGUGUGACCAAAAAUUGUCUUAUAAUAACGAGAUCUAUUUACAUUUGUCUUUUUCUUUUUUUUUAAAUAGCAGUAUUAAAACUUUACGUGAUAUAGAAUCAUAGAUUAUUUAUUAGUAUCUAAUUUUUCAAUGGAUCUGAUCCGUUUUGUGUCAGGAAUGGUGCACAAACCUAAUUGUUAAAUUAUCUUCGUUUUACAAUCAAAUUUAAGCAGUAGAUAUUAAGUAUAACUAUUUCUCUUUUUAUCUAUUAAGAUUUUAAUUUAUUACCAUGUGUAGUAUUUACAAGUUGUAGUUAGAAACUAAAAAGGAACUUGCUAGAUUGGUAACUGGUUUGAUUUUGGUGAAGUUCAAAGUUUAUUAGUAAGGUGACCAAUCACCUUUAAUCACCAAACUUUAGCAUUCUUGUUGGAUUUGUUAAUUAAAAACAACGGUGGAUUUGUUUUGUUAUAUUGACUCUUUGUUGUAUAUAGAUAACUUGUAACUGUAAAUGUAGUAUUGUUUUAUGUCAUUAACCAAUAUGCAUAUAUGUAUAUCCAUUCCCCAUUGUGUAAAAUUAAUGUUUUAUUUGUAUAUUUUUCAUUUUAAAAUAUCUUUAUUUUUCACCAAUGAACACUAGUUGUUUUUAUUUAUGUAUAUACGUAUAUAUAAAUGAUUAUUGUGUAUUAUUAUAAAACCAAAAAAGGAAAAAAAAAAAAAACCCUUGUACAUUUAAUUAUUAUUUAUGUUGUAUUAUUAAUAAUAUAUAUUCAUUCUAUUUCAUCUUUAAGAAAGUAGAAACCAAAGAUUAGCUUUUUUAUGUUAAAGAUUUAUGAAAUGCUAAGAAAAUAUUAUUUGCCUACCCUAUUGAGUACAAAUGAUCACUUCAAGCAGAAAAUUCGUUUUUCUCUUCUUUUUUUUUUUGUAAUUGUCAUUUAAAAUUAGUUUUAUGUACCGAUUAAAUAAAAACUAUGGCCAUAAUAAAUAUAUUUUUUAAUACCUUACUUAUUUUUAUUUUAUAUACCAUUUAUGGUGAAUUAGUAAAUUCAUAUUAUUAUAAAGCACAACUGAAAAAUUAAUAGUAAUGCAGCUAUGUUCCAUCAAUUAGUGAGUAAUUAAGGUUUAAAAUGAUUCUGUAGGAAUCCUUAAUAUUUCUGAACCAUUAGCUCGAUGCACAAACGAAAUAGAAAUCCAAAUUAUUGCAAUCACAUCUUAUUUAUUGCAAUAAAGAUUGCCAUGCAAGAGAAGAAUAAAAAGUAAUUAUAUAAAUUGAUUGCUUUCUCUGAUAAAGCAACUCUUAGUUAAAAAAAAAUUUUAAUUAAUAAUUAAAAAUUUUCCAACUUUUAUCAUCAUCUUGUUUAUUAUCAUUACACAAAAGUAGAAAAAUCAUUCAUUUUGGAGUUGUGCUUUCUAAUAAAACAGUAUUAUACAAAUGUGUCUAUACAUAAUUUGUUCUAAGAUUACUUAACUAGCUAGUGGUGUUGGUUAGAGACAAUGAGCAUUCAAUAGGAUCCCAGUAGAAACAGCGAGUAAAUUUUAUUGUUCUGAAUACUUAGUAUAUCGAUAAAAAAUACAAUGUGAAAAUAAGAGAGAGUCAUACUAGCUUCCACAACUCUCUAAACUCAAUGUUCAUUAUAAAGAAAUCGAACAAAAAAUAAUUACAUACAACAAUAAUAAAAAUAUGUUAAAUGGAUUAUUGGAUUAUAUAAAGUGCCACUUCUAGUUUGCCGAUUUUGAUGAAAAAGUUGUGGUAGCACUUCAGGCGUAUAGAAACCUUAAAUAAGCGAUAUCAGUUUUGUACAACUUUUAAUUUUUAAGCUACACUGUUCUCACACACACAUUCAUGGACCAUUUUGCGGGACUUGGUUAUGUGGACUCAGGAACUCAUUUAAAACAUGUAUUUUCAUUGAAAACUCAGAUUCAAAAAUUUUCAUAAUCACAACAUUUACCCUUAUUAUAUAGUACAUGUAUAGGUAAAUGGAAGUAAAGCUUAUGUAAAUUAAAAAAAUAAGACGUAAUGAGUAAAUGUAUGAAUAUUAACAAAUUAGUGGUAUGGAUAUGGAAAAGAAAGUAACAAGAAAAAAGGUAAAUGAGAAGAAAACUAAACUAAAAGAUAAAUAGAAGACCAACUUAUUGUCCUUAUGAAAGGCUCCAUAAGACAAGAUUUUACAGAAAAGAAACCAGUAGAACUAACUAGUGCAGUUUGCAACGGUUAACCGAAAUAGUGAACUAAAGCACAGAAUACAUUAGUAUGAAUCCUGAGGGAGAAUAAGAAUUACUUAGUUGGAAGGAAUUAGUAGAAGAGUUAUGUGUGAUCUGCAUACCAAAAGUCACAGAGGCACUUUCAUCAAAACACCGAAAUUAAUAGCCGCGUUUAAGAAAAAGAAGAAGAAUGUUUUGUAAUCAUUCGGAACUAAACAAUAAAUAAAAUUUAACAAUUAAUUAAUGGUCAUUAUAAAAGAAGGUACUUACCUAUUUAUAAAUUUUAUUUGCUAACUUUUGUUAAAUGUUUUAAUUUAAAUUUUUAAAAAAUAUAUUUUAUCAGUUAAGUACCUCUUUUAUUUGAGAGAUUUGAUUGAAAGUUUAUAUGAUCCGAAACACAUCUAAAAUAUAAAUUCUAUUUGCAUCAAAACCUCAAAUUUAAUUAUUUAAAUUAUGGAAGAAAGUUAGUCGACAGUUCUAUAUAUCAUGGGUGAUAAAUAUUCAGGACGCAGUACUCUAUACUUGGACACCCUCAGUGCUCAAACCACGCCCUGAAGAUGACCCACAUGUUUGGGUUGAAACGUUGGCAUAAAAAAAAAUUAAAUUAAAAAAAAAAAAAAGACUGCAUUCUGAAUAUUUAUCAGCCAUGAUAUCUAAAUUAUGCUGUCUGUCUUCUAUAAUUUAAUUUUUAUUUCUUUUGUAUCUAAAAUACUGAUAAUAUUUCAAGGACUAUUUAUUUAAGAUAUUUAUGAUGGUGUAUAAAUAUUUUAUUUUCCUUGAUUCGUCAAAAUGUGCCACCACGUGAUUUAAGUAGUUUCAGUACUUCAGUUCGUUGGUAUAAUUUUGCCAGGUAGGACGGAGUCCAACCAUCAUUAUCUUUGGCAUUGACAUUAGCACCAAAUUCCAAUAAUUGAAGAGAGGUAUCAUAGUGUCCAUUCAUAGCAGCAACAUGUAGAGGAGUCCAUCCAGCCCAGCUUAUUUCUUUUAUAAAACCUCCUCCAUGUUCAUAAAGCCAUUUGAUGGUUUCUGUUUGGCCGGAGAGUGCUGCCCUGUGAAAUGGUGUAUAACCAAACAAAUCUUUCCUUGAUAAGUCACCUCCCCAAGACACAAGCAUUUCCAGGAGUUCAAUAUUUCCUGAUGCUGCUGCCAGGUGUGUUGGAAAUUGGCCUUGUCUGUCAGUAAAAUCCAUUGAAGCCCCUUGUCUUAACAGUGAUCGGACCAAUGAUAAAUUCCCUUCUCUCAAAGCUAAAUGCAUAGGGUUUCUUCGCGAUCGCUUCUUGCUGAACACCUUUUUAUUUAAUUCUUCUGGUGGUGUCAUUAACCCUAUGAAACCCAAGAUCUUCUGAGUGUCAUCGGAAGCAGGCAU